AUGGAAGGGUUUGGGUCGCUGGUAGGGAUAGCAGGGUUUGGGUCUCAGGAACCAAGGAUAAGAGGGAGGAAGGGGAAGAAGAAGGCGGCCAAUCCGGGGAAGGGAGCAUCAGAUUGGGAGGGGAGGAUGGGGGGUUUGGGUGGAAUUGGUUGGCGAAAGGUCUUCAAGGUCGCAAAUAAUAGGCUUGGGGUAAAGGGGCGGGAAGAAAUUGGAGGACAAGGGUUGGGACAUGGGAACAUAAAAUAUGGAGAAAUCUGA